CACUUUCAGUGCAGAUGCAUUUAGGUAAAUUCAAUUCGUUGGGACUGUGUUCCACACAUAUCCUGUAUGUCUCUCAGCAUGUAUAAGAGGUCGUAGAAGGUAAGCUACUCCUCAGACAAUUUCCAGACUCUUCAACCAGCCUUCUUUUCCUUUACAGUCUUCGCAUUAAGCUCAUCUCUCAAUCUCUAAUAUGUCGCAAGCUCAUUAUAGAAUGACCCUAAACAACUUGCUCCAGCAAAUCUACGGACCCCAGGCCACGGCAGUGUUGACUUGGGAAUGUGACCCUAGAGGCCCCAGUCAUAACGAAGUAUGGACCUGCGUCGCGAAGAUCAAAGGAAUCGAGUAUGGCCGUGGGGAAGGACGUAGCAAAGAUGCCGGUAAGGAAUUGGCAGCCAAAAUAGCCUUAGUGAACUUGCAAGAUGCUCUUGCUAGGGGGAGGCUUAACUGAUCUCAAGCUUUUCAUCCCCAUACUGCAUCCCCAACACUUAGUAAACCGUCUC